UCUCCGGGCGAGGAACAUGGCGCGGAGCUGCAGGCGGUGCUGAGACCCGGGGAUUCCUUGUCAGCGCCGGGCUGGAGCCCGUGGGAUAAUAAUGCGAGUGUGAAAUGUUUCCUGCUGCUACGUCGUGGAUGAAAACGCCUGCUCCCUCUAUGUGUGCGAGGAGUGAGGAGCUCCGCGGCCGAAGCUUCCACAUACACAAACAUUUCUUUAGGACUCCCAGUUCCUGAGUGUCUGUGGCUCAGCCGCCCGGCCCGGCCUGAGGGAGAUGGCGGACUCGCUGCCCCGCUCCGCCGCCGCCAAGCUGCCCCGCUCGCAGCCACUUUCACGACUCCGAGAAGAGCACGGCAAGGUGGUCUCAAGCUGCAAGGAAAAAAUCCAGCACUGGGUUAAAGUACAAAGUGACUAUGAAGCACUUCAAGGAAGGCUUAAGACCUUACCUGAUAAACUGUCUUAUGAUGUAAUGGUGCCAUUUGGCCCACUUGCAUUUAUGCCAGGACAGUUAAUCCACACAAAUGAAGUCACUGUUUUACUAGGUGACAAUUGGUUUGCAAAGUGCUCUGCAAAACAAGCUGUUGGCCUGGUGGAGCACAGGAAAAAACAUGUUGAAAAAGCACUGGAUGAUCUUCAUAAAGUUAUGAACAACUUUGAAUCUAGGAUUCAAUUCACUGAUUUGGAUAAACUGGUUAAUGAAAAAGAAGAUAUUGUAGAAAUACAUGAGGAAAUUCAGAAUGAAGAUCUAGAAACUAAAGAUUUAAAUUCUGAAGCUUGCUUAAGUCUUGCUGGUAUUGCAGGGAAACACAGAAAAGCACAUAAGCCAAAAGAAAACCGCAAGCCCAAAGAGAUUUUUGUGGCAGAUUUGGAGGCUGGUGAUGGUGGCGGAAACUGCAAGUCAGGUGUGUUAUCUGAGAAGGAAUUGUGGGCGAGGCUGGAUGAGCUGGAGAAACAAGAAGAGAUGCAGGAUGAAAUUGAUAGAAUGUCAGACACGGCUAAUGGAAAUAGUGAAGAAAGUAGCUCCUCUGAAGAAGAGAAAGACAGAAACAUAAAACCCAAUGCGGAUGGGAGACCUCAUUGGAAGAAUCUUCCAGCUGUACAUGAAAGUGACGUUGAUGAAGAAGCUGCAGAACUGCAUCCACCUGCUGCUCACAUUAAUAGUUUGGAAUACAGGCAUAGUCACAAAAAUGAAUAUGAUGAGGAAGUUACUGGAGAUGAUGACAAUAUUCCUACCAUACAUUUUACCCACACAGUGGAACCAAAAAGGGUAAGAAUAAACACUGGCAAAAACACAACCUUGAAAUUCAGUGAAAAGAAAGAAGAGGCAAAGCGUAAAAGGAAAAAUAGCACUGGCAAUGGAAACUCCACUAAUGAGCUGCCAAACAUCAAAACUCCUGCAGACAUUUACAGACUUUUUGUUGAUGUUGUAAAUGGAGAAUAUAUGCCUCGUAAAUCUAUUCUGAAGUCACGAAGUCGGGAGAACAGUAUAUGUAGUGAUACCAGUGAGAGCAGCACAACAGAGUUUGAAGAUCGACGGUGUACCUUACGCUCUCUAAGUCAUGAAGAAGCAAUACACAGCGAUGCUAGUGAAUGCAGCAUUUUGGAAGAAGAUGAACUCAUUUCUAGUAAACCUCUUCCUUGGCCAAGCUCACUUGAGGCAUUUUCCGGUACGGUAGUGGAAAAGGAACCUAUCUCACCCACGAUAAUUCCACAUCCGACUAUUGCUCAUCCUAUCCUACCCACGAUUCCUGAGAAGAAACUGUCAGAGGAAGAAAGUUUUCUUGAAACUCCACAAGAGCCUCCAAAGAGGGUUUCAAAAUUUAAAGCUGCCAGGAUGCAACAGAAAAAAUGAACUUUCUUCAGCACCAUCUGUUUCAUAUUUUGUGGCUGAAUUAAACAUUGAUAAACAGGAUCUUUGCACAGCCCAGGUUUGCACAGAGUCUUGUUUAGUUGCUUGUUUAAAAAAAAUCUUUUCAGACUGUGAUUUCCAGUACUUUAAUAAUUUGAUUGUUUGUUUCUAGGAAAUAAAUUGAAUGUGAAAGUGAUUUUAUAAACUUUCCUCAAUGCCAUAUUUUCCAGCAUUCAUAAGUUCAGUUGUUGGGCAAUAAAGCAACUUAGUCAGGUUUCUUGAUAUAUUUAACCUGCUACACUUAUUUUAACACGUGGAAUAGAUUAAGAAGUACUGCAACUGUCUUUUUUCAAGCUGUAAAGAUCCUAUUUUGUGUAGAAUUGUUAAAAGACCUUUGUAAAUGUGUUCACCGGAAAUUUACAAGCUUUCAUCUGUAAAUUUGUGUUGUGCAUUAGUCUCAUUUUAAUAAAUUUUGCACGACAUGGUA